AUGGAGGAGAGCUCCGGUGCUUCAGACGCUGCAAUCGAAACCCUAAGGAGCAGGGGAUGGUGCUUCGGCGACCUGGAACAAGUGAAGGCGAUGAUCAUGAUCCACUCCGCUUUGGCCGACGACACGCGUACGGUGGUGAAUUCAGUGGAAUCGGAGCUCACCAACAUGGACCUCAAAUCCAUCUCCGCCAAGUCCUUGCCCGACCCGAAUACUCUCCGCAAAUCAUCUCAUCUUCUCGGCCCUCAAGUCCUCCAGGCAAUUACACCUCUUAACUCUCUCAUAGCUUGGGUUAGAGACAUUACCAGAAGCAGUGUGGAGGAUUUUGUGAGAAAUUCAAGUAGUCGGCGUCUUUUAAAGCUUGGGCUGACAGACGGCCACAGCGAGGUAGCAGCUGUAGAGUACUCUCAUAUCCCAUCAAUCCCUGACGACGUCGUUCCUGGUACAAAGGUCCGUUUGGAAGGUAGAGCUGCUAUGCGUAAUGGAAUAGUAUGUUUGAAUCCUAAAGUUGUGACUUUGUUGGGAGGCGUUGUUCAGUCACUUUAUGAAGAAUGGCAGAUGAAUAAAAAAUAUUCAGGUUUUUCCCGCUCAUCUUUAAGGGUUUCACAGGAAAGUGACGGUAACGGCCCCCCUCCGUUUGAGAAGUUGCAAGUUGGGGUACCCAAAAGUCGGUUUCCUCAGCAGGACAAGUCUUCUUAUUACUCUGAGGUGAACUCCAAGAGCAGUGGGCCUAUUGCCAGAAACGUUGAGGUUAGGCCAAUUGGAAGGCAGCAGGACCUUCAUUUGAAAUCAAAUGACGUGGAUAACUCUGAUAAAAAGAAUGACACAGAUAACAAGCUUACGACAGAUUCCCUUGAUGAACAAACUCAAGAUAAACCUAGUAGCUCUGCAGCGAGGCCAAAAGAAGUAAUUGAAGCUGUCCCUGUUCAAAACCAAGCGGCUGCACAAAAACUCCUCCAGAAAAUGAGUCAUCAAAACCGGGAUGACAGGCAUUUAAGAGGUAGACAAUAUAGAGGAAAGGGGAGGCAAGAGGAAGAGCCUGUGGUGUUCACUUUGGAUGAAUGGGAAAAGAGGAAAGCUGGAGCAAAGCCUUCAAUAAGAAAUCCCUUUGCACAGAGCAGUCGUGACGAGGAACUUGCAAGGCAGCUCCAAAAUCAAUUUGAUUUGGAAGAUUAUAAUGUACAAAAGGGUCCUCCUCGUGAUGUGAAUGCAGAGAAUAUAAAAAUGAGCAUGUUUAACUUCCAAAGAGAUGACGACGGUGGUCGUGGAAUGGGACAUGAAGGGAGGGGAAGAGGAAGAGGAAGGGGGCGGGGGAGGAGUAGAGGUUGGGGGAGAGGGAGAGGAGGAUUUCGUUGA